GCCAUUCUGUUCGCAGCGAAAAACAGCUUUUCCCAGACGAGAGUUACCUGGAUUAGACGGCGACCAUGGCGAUUGAUGCAAUCGAAUCUCCGACUUCUCCUUCUCAGUCCGCUUCCCAUUUCAGCAGCCAGUCUCGCCAUUUCUACCUCGCCGUCGACAGACUCCAAUUCAAAAUGGGAACCUUAGAGGAGCUACUGGGCGUGGUGGGACGGCGUAACUGUCUUCCGAUGGUGGUCUGCUGCAGCUCACGCGACGAGCUCGACGCAGUCUGCUCCACCGUCUCUAAGCUUCCUUACAUUUCCUUAACCUCUUUGUACAGUGACCAAGCUGAAGCAGAACGAGCUCUAAUCUUGGAGAAGUUUCAGCAAGCAACCCUGAGCUGGAAUCAAGAAGUCACUGCUCAGCCAGGAGAUGGGAAUGAAAUGGGCAAAGAUGUGCAAGAUGAGAAAAAAUCUUGCAUGAUAGUUGUUACUGAUGCUUGUCUUCCACUCCUUUCUUCUGGAGAAUCCCCCAUAUCUGCUCGUGUUCUGAUCAAUUAUGAAUUGCCAAUUAAGAAGGAAACUUAUCUGAGACGUUUGGCUACUUGUUUGGCAGCAGAUGGAAUUGUUAUCAAUAUGGUUGUUGGGGGUGAAGUGGUAACUCUCAAAAGUUUAGAAGAAAGUAGCAACAUUAUCAUAGCUGAAAUGCCCAUAAAUAUUUCCGAGAUUUUGUGAUGAUGUUUGCUCUUCUGCAAUGGCUAAAAGGAUGCCAGCAUUUUGGUUACCCAUGCUUCUUCCAGUGGUUGGAGUGGUUGGACAGAAUUCAUGUGCUUUGUGAGUAGUUAUGGUGGCAAUCCUUUUCUAGUCUGCCUUUCUGCAAUCUGGUUAUUAGUUCUAGAUAUUCCUUUCAAUUGUGUAACAUUUUUUAUUUUUAUAGACUACCCAUUUGUAGAUCACUCUGAAUAGGUUUUAGGUCGUGCAUUUAGGAGUGAGAAAUGCUCCAUUUCAUGCUGGACUCGGAAAAGUACAGGCAGCCUGUGCUUGUUUUAUUGAGAAUUCAAACAUGACAAUGAAAUACUUGCACUGGUGGAAAUCUCCUACAAUGGGAGUUGGGAAUUGGUGGAUGCAUAUUUUCUUGUAAGAGUAGUGCCCGGGAGGUUAAUUGCAACUUUCUUAUGCAAUUUGUUUUCUUAUAUAUUACCUUCAAAAAGUUUCUAUGUUGUCGGCAACUGACAGUUGUGAUGGUAUCCGUAUUUCUUCUGAAAACAGCAUAUGCUAAUAUCCAACUUGUAUCACUUCCAGGCAAUGUCAUUUUUAUCU